CAAAUGAAAACAAAUAAAAACGUCGUCUUUCUUUUCCUUUUGUGACCAACACCCCUUAACCACCGUCUCCGCUUCUCGCCGCUCCUAUUCGACCACUUAUCCAGGGCUUUAGAGUUCAAAUUCACUCAUGAAAGCUCAAGAUCUGGAGCUUUCAUGGUUGAAUUUGACCUUAUGUAGCCAUGAUUAUUGAUCAAUUACCUGAAGAGUUUUAGUAGUUGCUUGGAGUACUACUGAUGAGAAGGUUUACAUAGUUUACAAGGGAACUAAACUGAAGGAGGAUUGGACUGAGAUACACUCAGAUCAUCUCAAUAUGCUAGAAGAUGUAUUUGGAUGUCGUAUUGCUGGGGAGAAUUCACUGGUGAGGAGCUACCAUAAAAGUUUCAGUGGCUUCGCAGCAAAGUUGAGUAGAGAAGACGUACAGAAGCUGAAGAGCAUGGAUGGCAUUGUGUCCGUGUUUCAAAGUCGGACUCAGCAACUAUUGACAACCCAUUCAUGGGGACUUGGGAUUGUACGAGACAGUUCCCAGACGACAACGUGCAGAGACAAACCUAGUAAUUGGCGUCCUUGACACGGGAGUGUGGAUAAACUCCAAGAGUUUUAGAGGUUGCGGAUCUGUUAACCUACCUACCAAAUGGAGAGGAGUUUGCCAACCUGGCAACAAUAAUGUCACAUGCAACAAAAAAAUCAUCGGAUUAAGGAACUAUAUAAGAGGACAAGACAUCAUUGAUACAGUUGGUCAUGGUACUCACACAGCUUCCACGGCUGCUGGGUGCAGGGUGAGAAAUGCUAGUUAUUUCGGCAUUGCUAAAGGCAUUGCUAGAGGAGCUGUUCCCUCCUCAAAAAUAGCAGUGUAUAAGGUAUGCAGCCAACUCGGUUGUUCCGAUGAAGAUAUACUAGCUGCAUUUGAUGAUGCCAUUGAGAGUGGAUAUUUUGAGUCUUUCCAUAGGGGGUGAAGUUGCCCAACCUUUUGAGCAGGAUGUCAUAGCCAUUGGAGCAUUUCACGCUUUUAAGAAGGGUAUAUUGACUGUCCAAUCAGCUGGCAAUAGAGGUAACACCCGAUCUGCUGUAUCCAGUGUUGCUCCGUGGGUAUUAAGUGUCGGUGCAACCUCAACUGAUAGGCACAUCAUGGAUCAAGUACUGCUAAGAAACCAUCAAACCUUAGUUGGUUUCUCGAUCAACCGCUUCGAAACAUCCAAGCAUAUGCUCCCGUUGGUUUACGGAAAAGGAAGGACCUUUACGUGCAGCGAGGAAGAGGCGAUGUCGUGUUAUCCAGGAUGUUUAAAUAGCCCCAUUGUCAAAGGGAAAAUAGUUGUAUGUGAUGAUUUUAAUGGAAAGGCUGAAGCUUUUUCCGCGGGUGCUUUUGGGGUAUUGACUCCCAUUCGGCGUGAGGUUUCAAUGGUCACGGAUCAGCCUUGGACAGGGCUGGAUUUUCAAAACUUUCAAACUUUAAUUUUAUACUUGAAUUCUACACGCUUUCCUCAGGCUAAAUUUUUGAAAAGCAAGGAGAUUAGGAACACUUCCGCACCUCUUGUUGCACCUUACUCGUCAAGAGGGCCAAACAUCAUAGCUCCGAGCAUCCUUAAGCCUGACAUCGUAGCUCCUGGGGCGGAGAUAUUAGCUGCGUACCCGUCUCAACACUCUUCUCCAUUCUACAUAAACUCAGGGACCUCAAUGUCUUGUCCACAUGUCUCUGGUGCAUCUGCUUAUGUCAAAGCAUUGUACACAAAUUGGUCUCCAGCAGCUUUAAAGUCAGCUUUGAUGACUACAGCCACCGCUAUGAGCCCUUCUGAAAACCCCGAAGCUGAGUUUGCUUAUGGAUCUGGGCUACUCAAUCCCGUCAAGGCUACAAAUCCUGGACUUAUUUAUGACGCAAGUGAAGAAGAUUAUUUGUUAUUUUUGUGUCAAUCUGGAUACAAGAAGGAUCUAAUGGUUCUUAUUUCGGGAAACAUCAGUUAUAUUUGCCAAAAAGAGGAGGAGGGAAGUUCAAUUGAUGUAAACUAUCCAGCAAUGCAAGCUAUGGUGGCUGCUGAAAAGCCUUAUAAUGUCACGUUCAAGAGAUUGGUCACCAACGUCGGGGUUGCUGGUACUACUACUACCUACACGGUGAAAGUUGCAACCACUAAGAGUAUGGAGGUGAAGGUGGAUCUACUAUUAGUUCUGCUGAUGGAUAUGGAGUUUUCAUCAGUGAAGAAGCUGUACAUAUAUGGGUCUAUCUAUCCUCUCAGCUGCCUUUCCUUUCCUUGUUUUCAAACUCCAAUGUGUGUUUUGUGUUUUGUGUUUUGUGCUGUAGUUAUCUUCGUGUUUUUUAUUUGUUUACUGAACCGGUGUGGCUGUGAGUUAUCAUUGUCACAGAAGCUAUAUCAUUCUCCAGGAAAUGCCCCAUACAUCAUUACUACAGUUCUAUGGGUGUGCUGUUUGCAAUCAGGUUCCUGUUGGUAUUUUUUGUAGCAGCUGUUGCUACUGGUUGUGGUAAGUUAUGCUUUAAAUCUUUAUAAUAUUCUUAGACCUUCCAAUUCUUUUCAUCUUUCUCUAUAGUUAUGCGCUAAAUCUUGUAACACAUGUUCCCCAGUUCACAAAUUAAGUCGAGAGGUCAAUCCUAACAUCACUCCUUGCAGGGCCUAGUAAUACCGCUGUUAAGAAUUUACUUUAAGAUUCAUUUGAACCAGGAAACUUUUCACGCGAGUUAUCUGAAAUCAUCUCAUAGAAUAAAUUCAUUUCUGAUGAACUUCAAAUGUCAGGUACUCCUUUCAUUUCAAGUAUAAAUAGUAAUACUUAGACCUACUUUCUUCCUGUUUUUUUGAGGUAUAGUUUACGCAAAAAGUUAUGCAAAUUAGUUAUUGUUUUCUGCUGUUGGAAAUUGGUAAAUGAGGUUUAGACCUCUAAGCACUGAAAUUUCAUAAAGAAAUUACAGAUUCACUUAAAUCAUGUAUUCAUGUUACUAUUUCUAAUUCAUGCAAGCAAGAGCUAAAUUCUACUCCCUCCGUCCCGGAAUACUCGACCCGGUUUGACCGGCACAAAGUUUAAGGAACUUGAAUUGACUUAUUUAAUUUAAUAGGUAGUAGUUGAUAGUGGGGUAUUAUUUUAAUGUAGUUAGUGGGAGGUGGAUUAAGAGGUGAGGUUGGGGGAGAGUAGGGGUUGAAUUUUUAAUUAUUUUUUGUAUUGAGUAGGGGAUAGGUGGGUUAAUAGGGGUGGAGUGGGAAAUAGUAUAAUAUUGUUAGAAUAUUUCCAUUUUUAGAAACAGGUCAAGUAUUAAGGGACGGCCCGAUGAAGAAAACAGGUCAAGUAUUCCAGGACGGAGGGAGUAAUUUGUUUACUGAAACCUUUUUAUUAGGAAGCAUGACAACAUGAUGAAUCAAUUUGGCCAUGAUAGUCCUCUACAAAUUUUGCGGAUUUGGCCAUAAUCAAUUUUGCGGAUUUGGUAGCUGUUAGGGGGAAAAAUAUCCUCAUGGUGACGUGGGCAUACGUGGCAAGCAUUGCUUACGUGGCUGCCAACAAGGCGCAAGGUGGCAUUAUUCGAACGGUAUUCCCAACUGCUGGGCUCAAAAUCGACGUUACAAACCCUUGAUGAAGCCGGCCUUCAUCACGUAUUUAUUAUCUAAUUAUGAGCAAUUAUUUCAUAAACGUUACGUUCUUGUUGUAAAUGCCUAUAAAAUGGCAUUAGUCUUGUCUAUUUUGGAUACAUGAUUUCCAAGCAAUAAACCUACGAUUACCUUAUGCUAUUACAUUUUACUCUCACCAUUUUCAAUUAUCUAGCUCGAUCGAUUGUUAGCACCUUCAUCAAGGCAAGUUCGUCUCUAAGUCGAAUUUGCCCAAAACAGUAGCCAAGAUGAUGCGGAUGGGUCGCUGAACUAGCUGCAUGAAUUCAAAGGGGGUCCUUUA